AAAAGCGCGACAAGUGUUGGCAAGUAUCGACCACGCUUGACCAGGCCGAGCUUGGUGGCUGACUUCUGGGCCAGUGCCGUCUUCGAUUUUGUUCUUUGCGGACCAGGCACGGCGGCAAAGUACCUAGGCGGACGGGUGAAAAUCGCCGACCGUGGAAUAGCGUCGAGCAAUGGCGUCGUGAUGCUUCUCGGGAUAGUAUUCCCGGUCGUUAGGCCUGCGCUGGGCUGAAUGUGUCGAGAAGUCCACAUGGCAAACAGCCCUGUUAUUGACACUCGUGGUGGCUAACCACCGAGUUUCCACUACUAUCGUCUGUCUCCCAUCCUGACGGGAUAUGACUCUCUCUGCUCUUCUUUUUCCUUUUCGGUCUUUGUUUCUGUCACUUCGUCUCUCUCUUAGUCUUCCUAUCCAAUCUCUUCCCGGUGUGGCGUCUGCCUGAUUCUGCAGACUGCCCUUCUGCUGCUAAUCUUCCUUCCUUUCGUUGUCUUAAUUCAUGCCUCAAUAAUAUCCCAGGCCCAAUGUUGACGUUUAUCUUUUCCUUGCUGCUCCUAUCGAGCAUAGGACGUUCUUUCGCUGCGAAUGUAACGGCUCACGUGGAAGCUCGGUCAAGGAAUGCAACCACCACAUUAAUACAGCAAAAACGCCAGAAUGGUGUCAUCGUUACCAGACUUUCCACAGUCUUCCUCAGCGGCGAGGUCUCAAAAACUCGAACAGCAAAUCCUGGCUAUGACUGCCGGAUCGACCUCGGCGCAAGGCUCUGGGGCUUCUGCCCAACAGCGGUCAUAGCAGCAUCGGACUGCGGUUUGGCUGGCAGUUGCGUGGAUAAUCAUGCGUGCUCCAAGGGGUGCGGCUACACUAACCAAGACUUUACCACAUUUACCUGCAAGGACCCCGGAAACGAUUACUGCUCAACCGCCCUUUUGAUGUUGUCCAACCGAGACCUCGGGGCCUUCACCUACAUCGCUUGCGGCAAAGCCCCCAUUACCGAUGCUUACAUGGCCUAUGCGACCGACGCAAUCAUCACCUAUGUACCCACCAAUACCCAAGGUAUCAGCACUUCCACAACAGGAGCCCCUGCAUCCACUUCGAGUCUCGCCUCGCAGACUGCCGCCGCCAUAGCGUCCUCUGCUUCAUUAACAAGCACAGCUCCAUCUGCUUCCGGACCAGCAGAACCAAAGGGCGGCUCAGACAGCAGCAACAACAACAACCUCGGCGCCAUCGUCGGCGGAGUGGUAGGCUCGCUCGCAGUCCUCUGCGGCUCCGUCGUUGCGAUCGUUUGGUUACUAAGGAGGAACCGCAAGGAGAAAGCCCUUGCUAUGUCAUCUCCGUCGUUAACGGUAGAGAGGGACAUGGUGAAUCAAACCGGUAGCAGCGAUGCUUCCGUGCUGAACGAGAUCAAGUACCCGGAUGUGUACGGCUCGGAACGGGGGUUGGGCGCCCCAACGUAUGCGGUGCAAGAGUUGGAGCCGACGGAGUAUAGAGGGUGGAAACCACCGCAGGAACUGUCGAGUAUGAGGUCUCCGAGGGAGUUGUCAAAUACGUGGGUGGAGAGUAUGCCGGCGGAGUUGCCGGCUGGGUCGGUUUAUUGGAAAGGUGGAAGCGGGCAUGGGAAUGUGAUAUGACGGGUGUACUUCUUUAGUUGAGGGGGAAAUGGUGCUUGGAGGGAUUAAAUGAGGGGACUUUUGGAUCAUUGAGGUUUAUAUUUCUAUUUCUAACAUUCUUGAUUUUGGAGACGAGGUUUGGGGAACUUGGGAAGCGAGACAUAGCGCAGCUGCAGCAUGAUACCAGGCGUUAGAGUUACUUUUGAGAACACAAUAGAAAAAAUCAAAGAGACGUCAAGUGAGCAUCUGAAGUUAUUCCACCGCGAGCGC